CAGACCUCUGGGCAUCACCUUUUACCUCAAAUACACAGUGGAUUUCUACUGUUGCAGGCCUUUAACCAUCUGUCUGACCUUGUUGUUCACACAGGAGAGAGAUGUGACUAUCGUGGAUCCUCUGGGGAGCCUCGACAACAUCAUGUGGCAGAGAAAAGUCUCUCCAGAUCAGAACUCCUCAAGAAACACCAGCAGAGGCCCACAGGGAAGAAAUCUAUUUGCUGCUCUGACUGUGGGACACGUUGCAAAUCUUCAUCAGAACUUAAAAUUCAUCAGAGAACACACACAGGAGAGAAACCUUAUAGCUGUGAUCAAUGUGGGAGGAGUUUUACUCAGUCAGGCUCCCUGAAAUCACACCAUAGAACACACACAGGAGAGAAAUCUUAUAGCUGUGAUCAAUGUGGGAAGAGUUUUACUACAUCUAGCAAUCUGACUGCACACCAGAGAACACACACAGGAGAGAAACCAUAUAGCUGUGAUCAAUGUGGGAAGAGUUUUGCUAAAUCUAGCCAUCUGACUACACACCAGAGAACACACACAGGAGAGAGACCUUAUAGCUGUGAUCAAUGUGGGAAGAGUUUUACUGCUUCUGGCUAUCUAACUAUACACCAUAGAACACACACAGGAGAGAAACCUUAUAGCUGUGAUCAAUGUGGGAAGAGUUUUUCUUCUUCUUGCUAUCUAACUAUACACCAUAGAACACACACAGGAGAAAAACCAUAUAACUGUGAUCAAUGUGGGAAGAGUUUUACUUGGCCAAAAAGCCUGAAUAUACACAAGCGGACACACACAGGGGAAGAGAUACUCUGAUUAAAGAUCUCUGAUUAAACAUCAAAUACAUGAUGUAGUUGUUUCAUGAUAUCAAUUAAAUAAUGUCACAAUGUAGAAUGUUUUAACAUUGUAGUAGGAGAAUUUUAAUGAUGUCACAAUGUAGAAGCCUAAAUAUUUGUCCCUGUUACACUUCCCACGUUGGUGACCCACUUGAAUCAAAAUGCAACACUUCAAAAUGUAGCGAUCUGUUUUCUACAAGUUGUCCUCUCACCAGGGAUGUACACAUUACUCCCAGAUUCGGUGUGGUUUUUGAGCUGUUAGUUUUAACAGGACGUGCACACAAAUGACUUCAACAUGAUAUCGUUGAGUGAUGACAAAUAAGUGUUGCGUUCCUUUGUUUAGCGACCCCUAAAUUUAAAUGCAUCCCUCCAAAAUGUAGCUGACUGUCUUCUGCAGGUUGACCUCUAAUCAGUGAGGUAAAAGAUAUCUCCCAUUUCCAUGGUGUCCAUGGUGAGUUUUCGGAUUCAAUAAAGAGAAUUUUGAGAGAAAAAAAUAAUACUAUUGUGUAUUAUUAUAUAUAA